AGGAACUAUCGUCCGGUCAAAAAGUUGGACGCCUUCAACUUUUUGAAAUCAUAGGAAGAAAGAUGGAUCUCCCAUGACUCCUGAAGCUGGUGAAAUAAUGGAAAAACUAAAGGAUAAAAAGGUGGAGUACGAAGCGAUUGCUUCUAGUGAUAGUUCUGUUCAUCUUGAAGGCAUUGAUAACCGAAUUAUUACUGAAGUUUUGGGUCCUGAAAGGUAUGGUCGGGUUCGAUUUCAAGGAUCUUUCGUUAGCCCAACCCAAUAUUUUGGAUCCAGCUCGCAGCAAUACAUGGCUUUGGGGAGUCAGGCUCAAGCUGAAGUUCAGAGGUUAAAAGACCAGAUGACUCAGAUGCAAGCGACCACAGCUGAGGUUCAAAGGAAAUAUGAAGAACUCCAGCUACAACUUAAAGCAGACGCGGCAGCGAGGGAAGUAGAGGUUCAAAAGAAAUAUGAAGAACUCCAGCUACGACUUAAAGCUGAUGCGGCAUCGAGAGAAGCAGAGCAGAGCAGAAAGUACGACGAACUCCAGCAGCAGCUUCAGAGUCUGAUGAUGUUUCAGUCGCAACUUCCGUCGUCACAGUGUAUUGCAUAA